GAAGAAACGUUCAGCUCCGGGUUGAAUCCACUAAACUGAGCAUUAAACUGAAGGCUUGUGUUGGAUGUACAUCCAGCAGACAGAGCAGAAUCUCUUGUUCCCAGCUGUGUGUCUGUGAAGAUCUACUCUUCCAAAGAGGAAUCUCUAGUCUUCAAACAUGGACCCGGACUCCAAGACAAGACAUGUGGUUCUAAAAGACAGAUGGAAAAGUUCCAAGAGGAUGGAUCCUCCACUGAAGUUAUUUAAAGAACCUGGACCCUCAGAUAUAAAAGAGAGGAAGAUGAGUUACAGUACGAAGAAGCAGCCGUCCCACUGUGCUGCCUGUUUGGGCAUCCUGGAGGAUCCAUUCUCUACCAGCUGUGGACACUGGUUCUGCGGACAGUGUAUCACCAAACAAUGGUACCACCAUGGUUCAUCAGGAGAGUUUGCCUGUCCCCAGUGUGGAAAAAGAUCCAGAAGACUGGAGACAGCUGGUCAGAGCAGCCUUCAACAAAUAUACCAGGAGAUCCAAGAGAUCCCGAGGUCAGAGGACAGGUCAAAGCAGAAACUCUUUGAGAUCCAGUGCUCUGCUCUGGCCUACAUGCUGCUCAUGUCAGAGGAGGUUCCAGAUGAGUUGGACCUGGAGAAGUACAACACAUUAGAGGAGGGACGACUAAGACUGAUUCCAGCUGUGAGGAGCUGCAAGAAGGCUGUGAUUUCUGUCUGGAUGCUCUCAGAGGCUCACUGUGAAGUCAUAGCCUCAGCUCUGAAGUCCGACCCCUCCCGUCUGAGAGAGCUGGAGCUGUGGUCCCCUAUCGCUGAUUCAGGAGUGAAGAUGCUGUGUUCUGGACUGGAGAGUCCAAACUGUAGACUGGAGAUUCUGAGAUUAGGAAGAUGCAUUUUGUCAGAGUCCAGCUGUGCAUCCAUAGCCUCUUCUCUGAAAUCUAAUCCCUCCCAUCUAAGAGAGCUUGAUCUCAGUGUCAACAUGCUAAAGGACUCAGGAGUGAAGCUGCUUGGUGAUUUUCUGCAGAGUCCAAACUGCAAACUGGAGAUUUUGAGAUUGAGUGUAUGUGGUUUGUCAGAGCUGUGCUGUUCUUCUCUGGCCUCAGCUCUGAGGUCCAACCCUUCACAUCUGAGAGAGUUGGACCUGAACUUCAACGAGCUCCAGGAUGCCGGAGUGGAGUUUCUGUGUGAUUAUCUGCAGAGUCCAAACUGCAAACUGGAGACUCUGAGAUUGAGUGGAUGCAGUUUGUCAAAGAUCAGCUGUUCUUCUCUGGCCUCAGCUCUGAGGUCCAACCCCUCCCAUCUGAGAGAGUUAGAGCUGAUUGGAAACAAGCUCCAGGAUUCAGGAGUGAAACCUCUGAGUGACCUUGUGCAGAGUCCACACUGCAGACUUGAGUCUCUGAGCUUUGGGGAGUUUCCCUUCGAUAAGAGGAUCACAGCUGAUAAAAAAAUAUCUCUGAAAGCCCAACACUCCUCACUAUCAAGAGACUUCAAUGUCAAAAAGGAGAAGGAAGACUUUCAUCUGCUUGAUGAUAGAACGGCUCCAUUAUCCUUCUUACCUGAAAAGACCAACUGUACAUACAGGUUCAGGUGUCCUGGUCAGGGUUUGUUUCAGUGUGCUUCGACUGGGCUGAUGUUUUCUAUGGCAAAGGAGGUAGAGCUUCGGUACAAGACUGUCCAAUGGGAUGAGGAAGUCCUCAUAUCAGCUGGCAAGAUGGCCGCAGGGCCGCUGUUUGACAUCCAGUGUCCUGAAGAAGCCGUGUGUCAGCUCCACCUCCCACACUGUGAAUCAAAGGAAGGACUGCUUGUUGAUGGAGGCUUGUCUGUUGUCCAUAUCACUGAUGAUGGGAUGAGCUUCUUGGAGCCGUUGGAGAUCACAGACACUCAUGUGGUUGUGAACGUACCUCACCUAUCCGCCUUUGGUCUGGUCUGGAAUUUUUUUAAAAGGUUUCUGGAAAAUUCCCAGCCAAUAAUUGGAGCAGUCCUGCUGUUCCUCCGACCUCCCUACAUCAGACAUCAAGUGCUUGAUGUGUUUCUGGUGCCAGUUAACAUAGACAUGGAUAAGCUUGUUGAACAGCAGGAAGGAGCAACUAGAAUAAGGAUGUCUUCUGAGUGUCACCUCAGCGUUGAUCAAAAUUACAGUGUCUGCUGUGAACCUCAGGACUUCAGAGUACAGCCACUGCAAGCAACCUUUCGCUCAAAUCAUGGACCAAAUUUUUUCUCAACAUUUGAAGUUUUCCUCACGCCAAACCAAGAGGAACUGACUCUGAUCAUCCAGGACCAACACAGUAGAGAAGUCUGGAGACGUUAUGUGCCUCUUACAGGCUCAAGGAGGGAAUCUCUGCCAGGGACAGGGACAGGGGGCAGGGUUCUAUCAGAAGAGACCCUGUUGUCAGUUAGGACAGAGUUUGUAAAUAGAGUGUCAGUUCCUGUUCUAAACCAACUUAUUGAUAGACUCCUGGAGCACGGUGUUAUUCAAGAUGAAGAGAUGGAGUCCUUACGCCCAGCAGGCAAAGCAGACAAAGCACGGGCAGUGAUUGAUUCAGUGCGAAGAAAGGGAGCUGUAGCCAUAUCAGUCCUGAUCACUGCUCUUCUUCAGGUGGAUCCAGUGCUUUGCAGAGUGCUAAACUUAAGAUGAAAGCAAAGAAAGAUCUGUGGGAUGAUGUGAUGAUGUAAAGAGCUGACUGUUUUACUGUUACACCUCAUUUGUUGGAACCUUAAAAUUAUAUUUUGAGGAUGAAAUAUUCCCUCCACAGCAGAGUGUUGGUCAAUAUUUAAACAUUCCUGUGCUGACACUUUGUCCGUCUUAGUAAUUCUUUAUUUCAGUACCAACCAUUUCUUGUUUUUCACAGUUUCAUUAAUUUCACACCAUAGAUCAGAAAAAUAUGGACUAGGUUUAUUCAUAGAUUUAAAAGGCAUUUGAAACAAUAAAUCACAACAUAUUAAUAAAAAAACUAGACAUUUACAGUAUCAGAGGGGUGGUCUUGAACUGGGUGGGACAGUAUUUGAGCACCAGGCAACAGGUUGUGAAGUUUAUGUGAUAGUUUCUCUUCAUGCUUGAACAUGGCUUGUGCCCCCCCAGGGGUCAGUGUUGGGCCCUAAACUGUUUAUGUUAUACUUUACUUACAUAUGUAAUGUAUCAAAAGUACUGAAGCGUGUUUUGUUUGCUGAUGACACAAAUAUUUUUUUCUCUGGAAAUUAUUUAGUUUUUAUUGGAGAUCACUUCUGAAAUGAGGAAAUUAAAAAUGGGUUUUGAUAGACAUAAAUUAUCUUUAAACUUGAACAAAAAAUGGUGCUUUUUGGGAAUUCAAAGUAAAUAUUAUGGUACAUUUUUGGUUAUAUUUCUAUGAACCAAUCUCUAAUAAUGCCUUUUAACAGCUUUUUAUAAGUAAUUACAAGCAUUCAUAAUUUAUGACUGUUUAUGAGCAGUGAUUAUAAGCUGUUAUAUAGAAAUGCAUUAUAACUUAACAUGUAACAAACUAGAGCAUCUUAUAAAUCCUGGGUUUCAUAAAGCAUUAUACCUCCCCCAACGUUAACCAGUUAUAAAUGUUCAUUGAAAAGUGACUGAGUGCAUUAUAAGCAGUUCCUCUGCUCCUCUUCAACCUGAGUUAUUCCAGCUUGAAAUAAAGCAAUUGUUUGGAUAAGUAC